AAAAAAUUCAUUUAACAUUAAUCAAAUCUUGCUCCUUUCAAUGCAGCGGAAAUAAACGAGGAAAUUAAACACUACAUACGUCAUAUUCAGAAUGACGAAUCGAAGUCAUCGACGUCGUAAUUUAUCGUGUUUUCAAUCCGUUUGGCUAUUGUGAAUUUUUCGUCGACUGUUUUUGCAGCUCUUCGCGUCGAAAUAAUUAGAAGCUUCUUCGAACGAGAUGAGGUUUGUUAUCGUUUUUCAAUUGCUAUUUUUAGCGGUAAACUCUUGUCGAGAGUUUUGGCAACAUUGGGGAAAUGUUUCUUGUCCGUCACCGGCUAACAGCUGCCACGAAUCAAAGAACUUUUCCUCUGUUCAAAUAUUCGAUCCAUCCUUAUGGCUAUAUUGCGGCAACCGAACGAUUGACUCUCGUUUGAUGCGAUGCUUUAAUGUUAAAAACGUACAACAGAUAAUAUUUACAGAUUGUUAUCUGUCGGGGAUUGACUUUGGAAUAUUCACUUUCGGGUACGCAAUCGAACGAGUCCAAAUAUUGUACGAAACAUACCGGCAUAACAGAAACUUCGAGAGCGCCUCGUUUAAUAACAUGUCCUCUCUGCGAUCUGUCGAAAUACGACACGCAAAGACGUCGGAACUUCUAAAUUUAACAUUUCGCAAUGUUCCGUCUUUGACUUCAUUGACAAUCGAAUACUAUAACUUCACUUUAUUUCCCAACAAACCUUUCCGAGAGUUAAUUAAUCUUUCCGAAUUAUACAUCAAGUAUGGUAAGUUAAAAGUUUUACCAGAAGAUCUAUUUUAUAAUCUUUACAAUUUGACAAAACUUGACUUAAGUUACAAUGACAUUCAAUGGAUUCACCCACUUGUCUUUCGAAAUCUCAUCAAACUCGAAUAUUUGGAAUUACAAUAUAAUAACAUAAAGGAUUUACCAAAUGACAUGUUGAAAGGACUUUUUAACUUAAGGACAUUUUAUAUUCAUGGAAAUGGCAGAUUAUCAGAAAUUCCGCUUGGAUUCUUUAAAAAACUGCACAACUUGACUCAUUUUUCUGCGUAUCGUUGUUCCUUGUCUUCACUUGAAGAAGAUGUAUUUUCUGACUUAAUUAAUUUGAAAUACGUCGAUUUAGCAUACAACCAUAUUGAACAUCUCCCGCCAAAUCUUCUGAGAAAUAGCAAACAACUGACAGAAUUCUACUGUUGGAAUAAUAAAAUAUCGACACUUCCAACAGGAAUAUUUCAUGGACUUUCUGAACUGCGAGAGUUAGACUUAGGGAUAAACCGUUUAGAAAAUCUUCCAGAAGAUGUUUUUCAGAAUUUGUCCUCAUUGCAAAGACUCGAUUUAUCAGUAAAUCGCCUGACAUUUUUACACGAAAACAUCUUCCUCCCAUUGACUAACUUAACGCUUCUCGAUUUAUCUAUCAACAAUUUAACCGAAAUUAUUGGCAAGCUUCCUUUUGACAGCUGCAAGCAUCUCCGUACUCUCUAUUUAAUUGAUGUAGGUUUGACUCAAUGGCCGAUGAUAAAUUGGACAGAAUACAACCUAACUACAGUGGUUUUCUCAAAUAAUCGUUUCGAAACCGUCAAAUUGCCAAUUUACACUCCAAAUCGCAUGAAAAUUAAUCUGUCUAACUGUAAAAUCAGAACAAUUUACAUCGAUGAUACGAGAUAUGGAUUUCAAAUGCCGACUUAUAAUUUAAGUAAUAAUGAAAUUACUUGUGACAACAAACUGCAGCAAUUCGUUUCUGCCCUUAAGUCAAAUAUAGAAUUAGCAAAGAAAAUGUUCCCAAAUAUAAAGAAGACGAAAUGUUACGGAGAAGAAAGAAAUUUGCUGGAUAAUACAUCUUUCGUAGUCAUAGGAAAUUAUUGUCCGAUGAAUUGCGAAUGUUUUUUCGAACAAAAUCACGUGAUAGUCAAUUGUUCCGGAAAGGGAAUCGACCGAAUUCCCGAAGUUCUCGUCCCGAAUGCGACGUUUGUCGAUUUGAGUAAUAACUACAUAAACGUCUUGUCAAAUGUCGAUUGUGUUACGUGGAGAAACGUCACCCAUCUGCGUUUGAGUAAUAAUUCAAUAAGUAUUAUUCCGGAUUGUGUUCUUUUGCCAAGCGUCAAAUCUCUGUGGUUGGACGGAAACCGGUUAACCGAAUUGCCUGCCGGUUUAAUGAACCUGAUCGACGUUUCUGCGGAUUUUACACUAUACUUAUCUAGAAACAAUUGGAAUUGCGAUUGUUAUUCGCAAUUUACCAAAGGCUGGUUGCUUAGAAACCGGCAGAAAAUUGCAGAUUUCUCCGAUGUUUUCUGCGCGAGUAAUUCGUCUUCUGUGUCUUUCACCGAAAUUGUUUCUAAUUAUCGAUGCACACAAAUUCCACAGAUAAAUUUGACAUUUUCAGCAAAUGAUUCUUCUUCGAACGAAGAUUGUUUCGGUGAAGUUAGUUCUGUUUUUGGAUGGAAAAUCGCAGUUUCUGUUUUUACUUCGCUAUUGUUAUUCGGUUGGAUUGUGUUUGCUUAUUUUGUUUAUUGUGGCAAAAAAGGAAACGUCGACGAAGUUCCAAAGCCAAAGGAAGAAAAAGUGAUUUAUUAUAAUGUUUACACCUUAGAAGCUUCUUCGAACGAGAUGAGGUUUGUUAUCGUUUUUCAAUUGCUAUUUUUAGCGGUAAACUCUUGUCGAGAGUUUUGGCAACAUUGGGGAAAUGUUUCUUGUCCGUCACCGGCUAACAGCUGCCACGAAUCAAAGAACUUUUCCUCUGUUCAAAUAUUCGAUCCAUCCUUAUGGCUAUAUUGCGGCAACCGAACGAUUGACUCUCGUUUGAUGCGAUGCCUUAAUGUUAAAAACGUACAACAGAUAAUAUUUACAGAUUGUUAUCUGUCGGGGAUUGACUUUGGAAUAUUCACUUUCGGGUACGCAAUCGAACGAGUCCAAAUAUUGUACGAAACAUACCGGCAUAACAGAAACUUCGAGAGCGCCUCGUUUAAUAACAUGUCCUCUCUGCGAUCUGUCGAAAUACGACACGCAAAGACGUCGGAACUUCUAAAUUUAACAUUUCGCAAUGUUCCGUCUUUGACUUCAUUGACAAUCGAAUACUAUAACUUCACUUUAUUUCCCAACAAACCUUUCCGAGAGUUAAUUAAUCUUUCCGAAUUAUACAUCAAGUAUGGUAAGUUAAAAGUUUUACCAGAAGAUCUAUUUUAUAAUCUUUACAAUUUGACAAAACUUGACUUAAGUUACAAUGACAUUCAAUGGAUUCACCCACUUGUCUUUCGAAAUCUCAUCAAACUCGAAUAUUUGGAAUUACAAUAUAAUAACAUAAAGGAUUUACCAAAUGACAUGUUGAAAGGACUUUUUAACUUAAGGACAUUUUAUAUUCAUGGAAAUGGCAGAUUAUCAGAAAUUCCGCUUGGAUUCUUUAAAAAACUGCACAACUUGACUCAUUUUUCUGCGUAUCGUUGUUCCUUGUCUUCACUUGAAGAAGAUGUAUUUUCUGACUUAAUUAAUUUGAAAUACGUCGAUUUAGCAUACAACCAUAUUGAACAUCUCCCGCCAAAUCUUCUGAGAAAUAGCAAACAACUGACAGAAUUCUACUGUUGGAAUAAUAAAAUAUCGACACUUCCAACAGGAAUAUUUCAUGGACUUUCUGAACUGCGAGAGUUAGACUUAGGGAUAAACCGUUUAGAAAAUCUUCCAGAAGAUGUUUUUCAGAAUUUGUCCUCAUUGCAAAGACUCGAUUUAUCAGUAAAUCGCCUGACAUUUUUACACGAAAACAUCUUCCUCCCAUUGACUAACUUAACGCUUCUCGAUUUAUCUAUCAACAAUUUAACCGAAAUUAUUGGCAAGCUUCCUUUUGACAGCUGCAAGCAUCUCCGUACUCUCUAUUUAAUUGAUGUAGGUUUGACUCAAUGGCCGAUGAUAAAUUGGACAGAAUACAACCUAACUACAGUGGUUUUCUCAAAUAAUCGUUUCGAAACCGUCAAAUUGCCAAUUUACACUCCAAAUCGCAUGAAAAUUAAUCUGUCUAACUGUAAAAUCAGAACAAUUUACAUCGAUGAUACGAGAUAUGGAUUUCAAAUGCCGACUUAUAAUUUAAGUAAUAAUGAAAUUACUUGUGACAACAAACUGCAGCAAUUCGUUUCUGCCCUUAAGUCAAAUAUAGAAUUAGCAAAGAAAAUGUUCCCAAAUAUAAAGAAGACGAAAUGUUACGGAGAAGAAAGAAAUUUGCUGGAUAAUACAUCUUUCGUAGUCAUAGGAAAUUAUUGUCCGAUGAAUUGCGAAUGUUUUUUCGAACAAAAUCACGUGAUAGUCAAUUGUUCCGGAAAGGGAAUCGACCGAAUUCCCGAAGUUCUCGUCCCGAAUGCGACGUUUGUCGAUUUGAGUAAUAAU